UUCGUCGUCGAUACUAUAUACUGUUGAUCCCUCUGCUCAUCAUCAAGCGGAGCAACGCCGGCCCAGAAACACAACAAUGUCGGCCAAAAUGUCUCCAAUCUUCCCCAUUCCAGAGCCCCACCACUUCAGCGACUACGGCUUCGACCCUCAGCUCGACUUUUUCCAGGUUUUGGGCGAAGCGAGACGGCACAAGCGCGACGCGGCCGCCGCGAGGCCCAUCGACUCCGUCCACUUCAAGCUCCAGAAGCCCAUCUCCAAGGACGACCACCAUCACAACAAAUCCAAGAGGUCUUUCUCCUCCUCCUCCUCCUCCUCCUCCUCCCACCACAAGUUCAAAAGCAAGACCCGGUGGUGGAGGAACGCGCUCCUCUUCUUCAAGCGGUGGGCCCAUCACCACCACCACCACCAGCGGUGCGACCGCACCGAGGACCCGCGCCCCUUCCGGGGCUCCGUGUCCGGGCCCGUGUACCUGGCCGAGAGCAGGAGCGGGCCGCCGGGGACGCCGUACAGGACGGCGAGCAGGCCGUCGUCGGGGCCGCUGGCGGGGACGGUGACGCCGGCGAGGAAGGGGGACGAGGAGGUGCCGUACGUGAGCCUCAGGGAUCUUAACGUGGAGCCCCCGCGGCGGAUCUCUACUUCCUCCGCCAUCCCCAUUUACCUGGUCACUUGAGCUCACUCGUUUCGUUCCUCAAAAGGCGUGCGAUCCAAGUGGGUGGAUGGAGGGAGGAAGGCUUUGAUCCUCCUUUUCGUGUUUGCUGCUAACUUUCUUACUUUUUCACUUCUUACUUUCCAGUGAAAUUGGCGAACUCGUGCGUUGACCCAGUCAGCUUGCUCCACCCUUCUCUCUCUCUCUCUCUCUC